AUGAGCGGACUGAGCAAAAAUAGCAGGGAUGUCACAGCCGCUCUGCGCCAAGGCAAAGGAGUGGUAGUCGAGAAGAAAUGGAACGCUGGAACCAACAAGAACAGACCAGUUACCAUAAACGCUGCACGGCUGGAGCAGGAUGACUUACAAACAGCCUUGCCCAAGCUCACCAACAGCUUCAGGGAUGCUCUCCAAAAAGCGCGCAUGGAGAAGAAGAUGACCCAAUCGCAACUGGCGCAAGCAAUAAACGAGAAACCUUCUGUGGUUGCAGACUACGAAUCAGGCCGCGCUAUUCCGAAUGGUCAAAUCAUUACGAAGCUACAAAAGGUGCUGGGUUGCCAUCUGCCCAAAGCCGUCCAAAAGCCCCCCAAGCCCCAGAUUGAUUAG